AUGACCCCUCUCGCCAAAUGGUCUGCCCAAUUCCACGCUGUUCAGGUUCAACACCGGAUUGGAAGUGCUACGAAGACUGAGGAGGGAGGGAACAGACAGUUGAAGGCUAGGCGUGACUUCUCGUGUGUUCGCACACGCUCUCAUCGCUCUGAUGGCAGAGCGCUCGCUAUUCGCUUCCAGCGAGGCAUCAAUAUUAAGGAUGGACAUUGA